AUGUGGCCCCCCGAGCCGGAGGCCGAGCCCGCCGGCCGCUCCGGCGCGGGCGUCCCGGGGCUGCGGGCGCUGCUGCCCGCGCGCUCCUUCCUGUGCUCGCCCAAAGGGCGCCUCCUGCUGGCCGAGUCGGGUCUCUCCUUCAUCACCUUUGUCUGCUAUGUGGCCUCCUCGGCUUCCACCUUCCUCACAGCACCCCUGCUGGAGUUCCUGCUGGCCCUGUGCUUCCUCUUCGCUGAUGCUAUGCAGCUGAAUGACAAAUGGCAGGGCCUCUGCUGGCCCAUGAUGGACUUCCUGCGCUGCGUCACCGCAGCCCUGAUCUACUUCGCCAUCUCCAUCACAGCUGUCGCCAAAUACUCAGAUGGGGCUUCCAAAGCAGCUGGGGUCUUCGGCUUCUUUGCCACUAUCGUGUUUGCCAUCGAUUUCUACCUAAUCUUUAAUGAAGUGGCCAAAUUCCUCAAACAGGAGGACUCUGCGGAGGAGACCACAGCCAACAAGGCAGAAGAGGACGACUCCGAUUCUGACUCCGAUUGAGGCCUGGCCCAGCCUUGCAGCCUUUCACUCCUGCCCCACACCCGCCGGCCAGAGUGUGGCAGGGAUCUUGUGUGUUAAAUGAAGCUCUGUGAGGGAAGCUGCAGAGGAGCGGGCUUCCUCUCAGCCUCUACAGACAUUUCUGAGCCCCGUGCCCAAAACCAUUCCUCCCACCCCCCGCUUAGCACUCUAACCAUGCUGCACAGGGCAUCACGAAUGCUCUGCUCUUCUCCUCACCUGUCCCACAGAACUUAAGGCCUUGUGCCCUCUCUGC